AUGUCAGACGGCUGGCAGAGCAUGACAAUGCGCUCUACACAUAGCACAAUCAAUUGCUACUGCUACGUGCUUUCGGAAUGUGGUUCAUGGACAUAUCAAAGCGAUGUGGUAAACUUCCUGGUCGACAAAGACGAGAUCGACCUCGGUGACUUCUACGACAAUCAGGAGUGGUUGCUGAUGGACGCGCGACUACGCAAUGGUACCACUCGAAUGCAGGAGAACUCCAACGAGAGCGUUAUGCUAUGUAUCAAUGAGACUGCAGGUCUCAAACGACAGAGCUUCUACUAUGUUCUUCACACUUUGAGGUCUUUCCCACUAUAA